UUUUGCAAGGCAAAAGAUUUGAUUUUGUUCCUUUCUUGACAAAUUUUGGAAGGAGGUACAUAACCAAUUCUUUGCCUUUAAGAUUUUGCUCUUUACUCAAUGUCUGUUUCCACAAAUUUAACCAAGUCUCUCUAAGGAUAGCAGAAGUACCAAGUCAUUGCCUCACUUAGCCAGCUAUUUUCCACAAAAAAUUUGUACUGUAAUAAGGAGUGAAGGGGUUUAAUUUGCAGUUCAUCUACUUGACCUCUGUUUUUCAUCUUUCAAAUAAUUUGAAGAAAAAACCAGAACGCGUGAUCAGCAAUGGCAGGUGGGCAUACAACAAUUGCUUUCAAUGUUGAUGAAGAUGAUUACCAGACAUUUAUCCAAAGCCUAAGAUCCAUACUCUCAUACUCCAUAUCACAUGAUAUCAAUGUGCUCAUGCCACAGACACAGCCUCUAAGCUGGUUAGAUAUUCGCCUAAUUUCUGAGGAUUUCACCAUCAUCUUGAGAAUCGACAAGAGAAAUCUAUACGUGCGUGGAUACUCGAGAGAUGAUGGCGCAACAUUUUGGGAGUUUAAGGAUUCUUCUUUGAUUCCUGGAUCAAGUCCUCUCACAUAUACCGGAAGCUAUGUAGAUGGUGUAACUUUGAUUGAUGUUGCCAAUGUUAACCGUGAAAAUGUUCAGUUGGGUUUUUCUAAUUUGCGCACUGCCAUUCGUAACCUAGCAACAAAUGAGGACCCGAACCAAAAGGAUGCAUCGGAGGCUUGUGCUAGAGCACUGUUGAUUCUAACUCAGAUGAUUGCUGAAUCUACUAGGUUUCAAUUAAUAACCAGCCACAUUGUUACAAAUUGGUACAAUUCUGCAUCACUCACUUGGCAACUCGUCGAGUUACAACAAGGCUUUGACGAUUUUUCAAGUGCUGUCCAACGUGCUGACCUCCCUUACUGGACAAAUAAUACGCCCUUGCCUAACGUCCCGUACCCUAAUAGAUUCGACAUUUGGACCGUAGGUCAAGCCAUUGCCGCACUUGGGAUCUUGUUGUAUGUCCCACGAACAAGCAACCGUAUGAAACGCCAAACUGAUGUUGAUGCUAGCAAUGCUCGUAAUACGGAUACUGCUACUGAUACAAAUGUUUCAUAUGUGCGUACCUUGGUGAGCAUCGAGUAUGUACGUGUGAACAAUAUUGAUGGUGAAGAUCCUGGUGACCUCUAUGGAACGGUGAAGGUCAAGGACUUUUGGGGCCUUCAUACAGUGUAUGAUCGAAGUUCAAGUGACUACGAGAGCAAAGGUCCUGGCGGAUUUGCAACAUUGACAGGCCCUUCUACUGCUAUUUCAGGCGGUGGUGUGUUCGUUAUCAACGUCAGUUUGUGGGACCAUGACAGCUUGUCCCCCGACGACGAGAUUGCUCAAGGUAACAUCGUGUGGGAACCAAGAAAUGAGAAUUUAACUUUCGCCAAUUACGACAAGCGUUUAGAGAAGGUUGUGUAUGGUAAAAAUGGCAAUGUCACUGUGGGUUACUCCGUAGUAAGACAAGCUCUCAACGCCACUAUCGAGGUUUUGCUGAUCAAUGGGGAUAAGGAAUCGCCGGCGGAUGUGUACGGAACAAUCAAAGCUUUGCAAGAUUUAGGGGGAUCAUCAACAUCCCUCACAUUGUUUGAGAAAUCGUCCGAUAAAUACGUCGAAGUGCGUCCCCAUCAUUCUAUUCCCCUGACUCGUUCGGUUGUGGUAGCACCAGCAAGUACCGGGUUAACAAUAACAACAGAUUUGUGGGAUCAUGACACGGUGUCACCUGAUGACCAAAUUGCACAGGGGAGUGCACACUUUGAUGCACUGGUCGGAACCCAAACCAAGAGCAUAUACGGUGAAUAUGGCGAAGUGCAAGUGUCUAUCACUUGCGAGUAAUCGAGGAAGCAACACUCCCCUUGCCCAACCUUGCCCAGUGGUUGGUCAGUUGGGAUAUAUAGUAAAUAAAUGGAGUGGGAAGGGGAUGAAUAUUGUUGUGCUGUAAUACAUAUUGAAUUGUUUGCUACAGUUG